CCGUCUACCAAAGUAGCACCGUGGAAUUUUUUCUGAAUUGUUAUUUUCAGUUCUUGGCUGUUCGGUGUCCAGGGUAGUAAAUCUGUUUUCUUGUGUUAUAUCAGAUAUUGCCUUUUAUCCCAGUUUUCAUAUCGAUCAAAUAACGCCGUUGAGAGUCAUCAUGUGAAUACUACAAAGAUACAAGUAAGUCAAGAUGAAUCACUGCAUGACGAGAACGAAAAACCUGAACUUGUCUCUACGAGCUCAAGCGUUCGAGAAAAUAGACUGAUUGACUGAUGAUUAUUUUGUCGGAAUACCAUAUAGAAAUAUCUUUUAUCCGGCGCAUUUUUGAAAUACAAGAUGGCGGCUGAAAAAUUGCCAAGGGCCGGUUAUCUGAAACGUGCCAGAAAGUGCAAUCAUGUAAAAACUAUCUUAAAAUUAAAAAAAAAAAAAAAAAAGAAAGAAAGAAAAAGAAAGCUGAGAUAAUAAACAUUGGAUUGGCGCUUUUAAAUCAUUGUUGCCAGAUUACAAAAUUGACAUCAAAAAACAAAUAGCAUAGCCAAAUAGAAAAAUUACUCAUUUACGCUAAAUUCAUAGAGGCGAUUUUUUGCAACACAAUUAAACAAAUAAUUAAUUAAUCUUAAAAACAUAAAGCAAUAGAACUACUAUUGGAGCUGUAGCUAACCAAAGAGAUCACCCAUCAGGCAGGUAACGCGAUUUUGCGAAAGGUCCGUACUUUGCUUUCGCCAAGUUUAUCAUUUGAUGUUACUUUUUUGUUACAAAUUGUUGCCUCUUCAGCUUUGGCACAUUUAAGCGUUCGUACUACAAUUUCUUGAUGUAAAAAUACUCUUUAUUUGAUGAAUGCAAUAAGGAUAAAGCAGUAGUCAAUUCAAAAGGAAAAUGAUUUAGUGAGUCCUCCUUAAGAAUGUCGUCCUAGAAUAAUAAGUAUGGAAUCUGAUAGUAAUUUAACAAAACCAGGCACAUUGUUUCCUGCUUAUUCUUCUGCUAAUCAAGUGCAAGAGAAAAAGGAAGAUAGAGAUUGGCUGUGUAACAGUAGCUUCACUCCUGCUACUUAUGAAUUUUCCUGUCAGCAGCAGUUGAAAACUGAAGAAUGUAAUAUUGAUAUCUCUGAAACUACUGAAACUGAAAAACACAUACUUCCAAAGCAAACCAAAGAAAGAAAAAAGCAGCAUGUUUCUGAUCCCAUCAAACAUCAAGUACCAGAUUGUGAUUCUAUUCGCAAGCAGUUGAACAAGAAAACAUUUAUUGAAGAAACUGGUUUAUCUUUUGAAAGAGCUUACCGACUUGAUCCCAAAUGUGAUUAUGAAAACUUAAAUUUUGAUUGUUUUGAAAGAAAGAAUAUAGCUAAAUACAAAAUGAAAUUUGGAGUUCCAUUUGGUCUGAGCUUAGAGGAAUUUGCUCAAUGGCCACAACCCAUGCAAGUAAAAAAGGAUGUUCUGUUUCGUUAUUUUGGCAAAAAAGCUUUAAAACUGUUUAACAAAAGUGGUCCACCUGAGGUGAUUAGAGGAAAAGAAUUACCAUCUUUUAUCAGUGGAGCUUUAGAUUUUAUUCCUAUUUCAACAGUGUCUAGAGAAGAAGUUAGCUUGUUAAAUGAUACAAAAGUAGUAUUUGAUGGUAUAUCUGUUGACUGGAAAGUUCAGUCUAGUGAUAAAUAUACAAAUGCUGUGUUAAAAAAUGAGCAAGCUAUUGAAUCCUCUGUAGAAAGUGAUAUACGAAAUAAAACAAUCUAUUUCAAUAAAAAAUUAUUGAAGUCGCCCAAUGAUGUACAAUUAUGGCUUGAUUUUGUUGAGUUUCAAGAUGAGGUGUGCCAUGCUGAUAGAAAAUCUGAAAGCGCAUAUAAUGAAUCUGCCAUAUUUGAGAAGAAAAUAUCUAUUUUUGACAAAGCUCUAAAAUACAAUCCAAAAUCUGUAGAAUUACACAUUGCUAAAUUAAAUUUGUGUCGAAAAGUAUGGAAAAUUGAUAAACUUAUUUCAUUAUGGGAUGAUUUAAUCUUCAUGAAUCCAAAUAAUCCUGAAGUAUGGCAGAGUUAUUUGUUUUUUGUUUUGACAAAUUUAGCAUACUUUAAUACUCCUCGCAUUGUUAAAUUGUACAGUAAAUGUCUGAGGACGUUAUCAAACUUGAAUGAAGGUAUAAUUCAAUCACACGAAGCUCCACCUAAUUUAACUCUUUUUAUGCUAGAUAUUUUCAGCCAGUUGUGUUUUGCUCUUAGAAGUUGUGGUUAUUCUGAAAGAGCUAUAGCUACUUUUCAAGCUCUUAUUGAAUUUAAUUUCUUUUGUGAUCCUUCAACUCGACUACUUUCUGUAUCGGAAAAAAUCACUUGCUUUGAACCAUUCUGGGACAGUGGUGCUGCUCGUAUUGGUGAAGAUGAAGCUAUUGGAUGGGCUGCAACUGUUUCGAAAGCCAAAAUUGUGUCAAACAAAAUAGUUUCAGAAUCAGAUUUAAAUAGUUUUGAAGAUGAUAUAUUAUACGAAAAAUUGCCACUUGGACAAACAUGGUUAAAAUUUGAAAGACUAAGAGAAGUUCAUCAUUGGUUGCCAUGGAGACCAAAUCCUGAUUUUGAUCAAACUGAUGAUGAUGUUGAUGAUAUGGAAAGAACUGUUUCUUUUGAUGAUGUUUCUAGAUUUCUUUUUAACAUUACAGAUGAAAAAGAUAAAUUUUUAUUGCUAGUCAAAUUUCUAGAAUUUUUAGGCUUCAGCACUCAUAUGUUAUUUUGCUCUGAAUCUUCUGUGAGCAAAAAUUGUUUUCAAGUAGAAGUUAAAAAUUUUGAAACUAUCUCCGAGAUAUUAAGUGAAUCAGUUUUUAGUAACCAGACCUCAAAUCCACUUUCUUUUCCUAGAAGUGAAUGGACACAAGAUAAAAUUAAUUUCAUUAAUAAUAUUUUUUCCCUGAUCAUGGAUAAGUUUUCAUCUCACUAUCAAACACUGCUUUCACGGAUGUGGUUGAAGUUUCGUAAAAUUAUUAUUACAAAUGAAAAUAGUGAAAAUUAUGACAGAGAUAUUUCUGACCUUAAAAAGUUUGCAAAGUCUAUGCUAAAGAAAAAUGAGAAUCGAAAUUCUUUACUGUUAUGGUCUGAAUAUAUUGAGAUUGAAUUGCUGAGUAAAUUAAAAUCUAAUGCUAAAAACACUUUUGAAACUUUGUUGGUGUCUAGCAGUGCAGCAAUUUCAGAAGAAAGCUCAAUGUUUAAGGAAGUAUGGUAUUUUAUUCGUUCUUAUAUAGAUUUAAAUAUUGGUUUACGAAAUCACAUCUUUAAGAAAAAAGAAUUCUGCCAAGAUGAAUUGCUGUGGAUUUUAACACAUGUUGGAUCUAAAGAAACUUUUGUCCCAUACUUGAAUCAAACUGUUAAACCGACUUCAGUUCUUAGAGCUGUUUCAGGAUUUAAGCAGUUUUUAGACCAAGAGUUAAGUUCCUUGAGAAAUUUAGAUCCUGCCCUAUGUUAUUGCUUAGAUCCUCGUCCAUAUUUAGUGUUGGACUGUAUAAAAUGCUUUGCUUUUCUGCAAUAUUUUACUCAAGGUAUUGAUGCUGCUUUACAGAUAUUUAAGAACUAUUCAGUAUUUCUAGAGAAGAAAAUAAGUGUAUCUCUGAAAAGGCACAUUUUAGAACAGUUUUGUGUUUUGCAAACUGAACUUCUGAAUAUUCAUACGUGGAAUUCCAUAUCUUCAAUAAAGCCUUUGCAAUCUUAUUUGUAUGAAUCUAUAAAUACAUACCCAAGUAAUGCUGUGCUUCUGUACUACCUUGUGAAAUUAAGGAAUGCAUCAUCUGUAGUUGGGCCCACAAGGAGGUUUUUUGCCAAAUUGCUUAAAAAUCAAAAUAAAUUUCAACCUGUGAUAUGGAUUUUUGCCUUGGCAUCGGAGCUUUCAAUUUGUUACUCAGUUUUGUCACAAAAGAGUUUUGAAACUGAUCAACUAAACACAUUUGAAAAUAUUGUUUCUUGUUGGGGAAUAAAAUGGAAAAUCCAAGGAUUGUAUGAAAAAGCUUUAGCAUCUGAAUCAUAUUGUUUUAUUCCUGUUCUUUGGCGAUCUUAUCUAAAAUAUGAGAUUUUGAAUGGAGAAACAUCAAAAGCUAAAGGUAUCUUUCAUGAAGCCAUACAAAACUGUGGGUGGUCAAAGGAAUUAUUAAUGGAUGGAAUCAAGUAUUUUCCUGAAGAUGUACAGCAAAUAAUAGAUUUUAUGAUUGAAAAACAAAUCCGUAUUCAUACCCCAUUAGAAGAAGUGACACUUCUUAUGGAACAUGGUAUCCAAGAAACUUAAUUGCAUUAUUCAUUUUCUAACAGUUACGUCUGUGGAAUUAUUUUAAAUACACCUGAUCUUUUUGCUCACUGUUUCAUUCUAAACAUGCCAUUGAACUUUUUUCUGUGUAUAUAAAGAAAAUUAAAUACAUAUAUGUUUUAUAA